AUGGGAUUGCAGGCCGAGAUCGCGGCCACCACUAAUGAGGCAGCCAUUCUGCAGAGUGAGGUAGAUGAGUUGCUUGCUCAAGCACAGCUGGCGAGUCAAAAUCGGGAGAAGGAGAAUGGGGAGUUUCAAUCUCUGACUCUCGAGCAGCGCGAGAAGAAGAGAGCACUCGAGCAGGCAUUGGCAGUUCUCAAGGAUACAUACUCUUCAGAGGGCGCAUCCAUGUUUCAGCUGGACCAGUCGGAAUCACCAGCAGGCUUUGGCGCCUAUCAGCGUGCAUCCGGAGGCAAAAGUGUUCUCACAACGAUCCAACAGGUGAUUGCGGACACGGAGACACUGUCCGCCGAAGCUGCCCAAGCAGAAGCUGCUGCUCAACAGAACUACGAGGCAUUUGCAGCUGAAACCGCGGAUGCCGUGAAGCUCAAGCGGGAAGGUAUUCGGAAGUUGAAUGACAAGCACGCGAAGCAG